UCUGUUCAACAAUAUUUAGAAAUGUCAGACAGUGAGGAUGAAGGAAGUGUUUACUCUGAUGCUGGAAGUGGGAGAAAUGAAGGUGGGAGUGAUAAUGAAGAUGGCAAAAGUAAUGCAGGCAGUGACAUUGGUAGUGAUGUAGGAAGCGAUGAGGGAAGUGAGAUUGCUUCCCCUGUCAACAGAAGAAGAGGUCGGGGGCGUAGUGUGGAUGACAUCAUUGAUGAUGAAGACGAAGAUGAUUAUGACGAAGAAGAAGAUGAAGACUAUGAAGAAAGUGGGAGAAAGAAAAAGAAGCCCAGACAUGCAGGAUACAUCUUGGAUGAAGCUGAUGUCGAUGAGGAGGGAGAUGAAGAUGAAGAGGAGUGGGAAGAAGGAGCUGAGGACUUGAUAGACAAAGUCUCCUCUUAUGAAGGUCCCACUGCCAAGGAAAUUGAAAAUAACAGAAGACUGGGACAUUUAUUCAGUUCCCAGAGAGAAGAUGAGUUAGAGGAGUACUAUAGAAACAAGUAUGGACAGACAUCAGUUGCUGCUCGCUUUGGUGAGGGAGAAGAAAUGUCAGAUGAAAUUACGCAACAAGGACUUCUUCCGGGUGUCAAGGAUCCAAACUUGUGGCUGGUGAAAUGUAGAAUUGGCGAAGAGAGAGCCACAGCCUUACAGCUAAUGAGGAAGUUUAUUGCUUACCAGUUCACUGAUGAGCCACUGCAAAUUAAAUCAGUGAUAUCCAAGGAAAGCUUGAAAGGAUACAUUUAUAUUGAGGCUUACAAACAGACUCAUGUAAAACAGGCCAUUGAUGGUAUAGGGAAUCUCAGAAUGGGACAAUGGUCACAGCAGAUGGUACCUAUCAAAGAAAUGACAGAUGUGUUGAAAGUUGUGAAGGAGACAGCACAACUAAAGCCCAGACAGUGGGUCCGCCUGAAGAGGGGAAUCUUCAAAGAUGAUUUGGCACAGGUUGACUACUUUGAGCCAGCACAGAACAUAGUCCAUUUGAAGAUGAUACCUCGCAUUGAUUACACAAAGAAACGAGGGGUGCUGAGAGUACAGGCUGAUGAAGUAGAGAAGAGAAAGAAAAAAAGAAGACCUCCACAGAAAUUGUUUGAUGUAGAUGCUAUAAGGGCUAUUGGGGGAGAGGUGACAAGUGAUGGAGAUUUCUUACUGUUUGAGAAUAACCGCUACACAAGGAAGGGAUUUCUGUUCAAAAGCUUUGUCAUGUCAGCAAUCAUUGCAGAAGGAGUCAAGCCAACCUUGGCAGAGCUGGAGAAAUUUGAGGAUACACCAGAGGGAGCAGAAGUAGAGUUGCCAGAGAAGCAGCAAGGGGAGGUAAAUCAUAACUUUGUCCCCGGUGAUGUGGUGGAGGUGUGUGAGGGGGAGUUGGUCCACCUCCAGGGUAAGGUCAUCGGUGUGGACGGCAACAAGAUCACAAUGCUGCCAAAACAUGAGGACCUUCGGGAUCCUCUGGAGUUUAUGUCACAUGAGUUAAAGAAACACUUCAAGAUGGGAGACCAUGUGAAGGUCUUGUCUGGGCGAUAUGAAGGGGACACUGGGCUGAUAGUUCGUGUGGAGGAUAACCUUGUUGUACUGUUCUCAGAUCUCACAAUGCACGAGAUGAAAGUUUUGCCCAGAGAUCUGCAGUUGUGCACAGAUAUGGCUACAGGAGUGGAUUCUUUAGGACAGUACCAGUUCGGAGACCUUGUUCAGAUAGAUCCACAAACUGUUGGAGUCAUUGUUAGAUUAGAGAAAGAAAAUUUCCAGGUUCUGUCCAUGCACAACAAGAUACUCAACUUAAAACCAGCAGCGGUUACAAGGAAGAGGGACACAAAAUAUGCUGUUGCCUUGGAUUCAGAAAACAACAGCAUUCAGGUCAAGGACGUCAUCAAGGUCAUAGAUGGACCUCACUCGGGUCGACAAGGAGAGAUAAAACAUCUGUACAGAAGUUACUGCUUCCUGAUGUCUAGGACAAUGACAGAGAAUGGAGGUUACUUUGUGUGUAGGACAAGGCAUGUUGUGCUAGCUGGAGGAUCAAAGGGAACAAACAGAGCUCAGUUGGGAGUGACAGGAUUUGCUCCAAUGUCUCCCCGGUUAUCCAGCCCAGCCCAUCCUGGGGGUGGGGGAGUGGGUGGAGCUCCUGGUGGAGGAGGUGCAACACCAGGGAGGGGCAGAGGAGGAAGUGGCCUCAGCAAGAGGGACAGAGACCUUAUUGGAACUACAGUCAGAAUCAUCCAAGGGCCUUUCAAAGGUUACAUUGGAAUUGUCAAAGAUGCCACAGAUUCAACAGCUCGAGUGGAACUUCACUCCAGCUGUAAGACCAUAUCAGUGGACAGAAGUCGUCUCAGCAAUCUCGUUGGUGGUCGGUCUGUGGGAUCAGCUGCUACUCCUGGUGGUCGCACACCAAUGCAUGGUUCCCAGACUCCCAUGUAUGGAUCCCGUACACCUAUGUAUGGUUCACAGACUCCACUACAUGAUGGAAGUAGGACUCCUAACUAUGGCAGUAUGACACCCCUACAUGAGCCUGGCAGCAGGACUCCAGGACAGAGUGCCUGGGAUCCCACUAAUCCCAACACACCUACCAGGAAUAAUGACUUUGAUUACCACUUUGAUGAUAACCCCUCACCUGGGGAUUAUGGUGGAGCCACCCCAAAUCCAGGUACACCUGGAUAUUCAGCAGACACUCCCAGUCCCAGGGGACCCUUCACACCACAAACCCCAGGGACAAGCUAUUCCCCUUAUGCACACCCUUCACCUUCACCGGGAAGUUACUCAGCACCCAGUCCAGGAUUCGGAGGUGCUUCACCUAGUCCCAUGGGAUAUCAACCCUCCCCUUCAAACACCACCCCUUCACCUCUGAGUUACAGUCCAAUGACUCCUGGUGGAGCUCCUUUUACCCCGGGGACAGGAAUGGACCAAAGCAUGGCUGAUUGGCACACCACAGAAAUUGAGGUCAAGAUCAAAGAAACACACGAUGACCACAAGUUGAUACACCAGACAGGCAUCAUUCGCAGUGUUACAGGAGGCAUGUGUUCAUUAUUCAUACCAGAAGAAGAUAAAGUGGUCAACAUUGCAUGUGAGCAUCUGGAGCCUGUUCCACCAGAGAAGGGAGAUAGGGCCAAAGUGAUUCUGGGCGAAGAGAGGGAGCUGAUGGGAUCACUACUGAGUAUAGAUGGAACAGAAGGUGUAAUCAAAACAGACAAUGGAGUCAUUAAAAUGUUACCCAUCAAUUAUCUCUGUAAGGCUGGCAACUGAUGCUAGAGAGACAAAGGCAGUGUUACAAAUGUGAAAGAAAUAUCUAAGCUGUUGGCAGGCAGUAAGGAAAAGAGGAAGAAUUUCUUGGGUGUGAAGAUCAACAUUAUUCCAGGAUUUUUCUUUUAGCUUUGCACAAGCAGUGUUUUUGUAUCUCAUUAAAAACAAUUGAGGGAGGGGGUCUCCUUGUCAUCAUGUUUUAUCAGGAGUUGAUAAAGACAUACACUGUUUGUCAUUUCAUCCCUUGAAUGCUUUGUAUUAUUACUGUCAACAAAACAUUUGUUAAAGAUGUCAUAUUUACAAUUCAUAGUUUAUUGAUCUUGUGUCAAAUCUAGAAUGCUUUUAACAGAAUUUUUCAGUGUUUUGGAAACAGAUAAUA